GUAUCUAUACAAAUAUAUAUCGCACUUCUGAAUAAUCACCAAAAAGCAAUCAUGUCAAUUAACCUGGAUCAGAUUUUUUUCACCGGCCCAGAGCUUAUAAAUAACUGUUUCAAUGCAAUUCGCAUCCUGCUUCUUCAUGCUCAUUCCAACUCUACACUCUCAUUUUUACGUAUUCUAGUGCCCCCUUGUUCUUUGUUUGAAAUUCCUUCUUAUACUCUUCUUUCCCCUCGUACUCUUCCAAAGCAACAAUUCCUCUAACAACCAUUUUCACAAUGCUCAGGCCAACCAUUGCUCGUCAGGCCCUCAAGGCACUCAACACCUCCACACGCCCUUCCGCAUUCGCUGCAUCCUCUUCCUCCCUCCGCUCGUCCUUCGUCCGUCCCCUCUCUUCCUCAAUCCCCCGCACCAAAGACAACAAGAAGGAUCCCAAGAAUGGCUUCCUGGAGUCCGCUACAACCAAAGCCCCCCAGGGUGCCUCUGGUGAGCAGGAGGGUAAAUAUGCUCGUACCGACGAGGAUAUCGUGAUCCCGUAUCCUGACGAUGCCCAUAUGCCGGCCCAGCCUAUCGUGCAGGGUCGUGGGGGAAUGCACUUCAAGCGGACGCUGGCUCAAUUCUCCCUCGAGAACAAGGUUACUGUGGUUACUGGUGGUGCUCGUGGGUUGGGCUUGGUUAUGGCCCAGGCUAUUGUUGCCUCGGGGUCUGAUAUUGCCAUUGUUGAUUUGAACAAGGAGGAGGCGGAAGCCCAAGCUAAGGAAUUGGUGGACACAUUCCGGAGGGAGAACCCUGGCUUGGAGCAAAUGCCCAAGGUCACUGCACAUUACUCCGACGUUGCCAACCCGGAUUCCGUCAACGCAUCGCUCCAGGAGAUCAUCGAUCAACACGGUCGAAUUGACAGCUUAGUCACCUCCGCCGGUUUCACGGAGAACUUCGAUGCUAUCUCAUACCCCUACGACCGUAUGCAGAAGCUGUGGGGUGUUGUCGUGGAUGGUACCUACCUGUUCUCGACUGGUGUUGCUAAGCACCUGAUGGAGCGUAAUGUUUCGGGGAGCAUUGUGAUGAUCGGUAGCAUGUCUAGCUCCAUUGUUAACAUUCCUCAGCCUCAGGCUCCGUACAAUGCUGCCAAGGCUGCUGUUCGUCAUCUCGCUUCGUCUUUCGGUGUUGAAUGGGCGGGCUCCAACAUUCGAGUAAACUGCAUCAGCCCUGGAUACAUGCUGACUGCUCUGUGCGUGCCGUGCCUUCUAUAUGUUGUCUAUUUGAGUAGAGUACUGACGUGCAACAGCACUCGUAAGAUCCUGGACGAGAACCCCGACCUCCGCGAGAAGUGGACUUCGCUCAUCCCCCUCGGCAAAAUGGGAGACCCCGAAGACCUCAUGGGCGCGGUUAUCUUCCUCCUGAGUGACGCAUCUCGGUACAUGACCGGUGCUGAGAUCCGCGUCGACGGUGGCUACACCUUGACUUAAGGGUCGAUUAUCCUCCUCUUUCGAUGGCGUUCAAUAAAUACCCCCUGGUGCCCUGAGGAUAGGGCUGGUUUCACGGAAGCGAUAUAGAGUGGUUGAUGUGUUAUGCUUGCUUUUCGUUUAAUAUUUGGUCUUUCGGUGUUGUUCAAAAAAGAAAGGUAAUAAUGCGUGACGUCAUGGUUAUUUGAGAGUCCAGACUCUUCAUGUGACGAUGGAACGGACUUUAGCCUCAUUUUAAAUUUCAUACCCCGGAGAUCCCCGGUUUGAGAUCUCCACGUUUACCGAAGCGCUUUUCUGCAGCGUAGUUGGUAACCAGGUACAACCCAC